AUGCAGAUAAAUUUAGAAAACAUUAACACGUCAGGAGAUACGAAAAAAGAGAGGGUUAACAUACACAGUCAUAUUAAAGGACUGGGGGUGAACACAAAUAUUUACCUACAUGAAGAAGAAAUAAAUUUAAGUGAUACAAGGUACUCCAUCUUUUUUGAUAACAGUUGUGGGUUAGUUGGUCAAUAUAAAGCUAGAGAAGCAUCAUUAUUUCUGGUUGAUUUAAUAAAACAAAAAAAGCUAGCUGGGAAAUGUAUAUUAUUAGCAGGACCAAGUGGAAGUGGUAAAAGUGCAUUAGCUAUUGGAAUAAGUAGAGAAAUAAAUAAAAAAAUGCCAUUUGUAUUUCUCUCAGGAUCUGAAGUAUAUAGUAAUGAAAUAAAAAAGACGGAAGUUAUUUUAGAAGCCUUUCGAAAAAGUAUACACAUAAAAAUAAAAGAAGAGAAGUUAGUAUAUGAAGGUGAAGUAGUAGAUAUGCUUGUAGAAGAAAAUGAAUGUUUAUAUUCAUUAAAUAGGGCAAAACAAAUUAAUGCUAUUAUUAUUACCUUGAAAACUGUUAAGGGGUCAAAAACAUUGAGAUUAGCACCUAAAAUACAUGAGCAAAUCGUAAGAGAAAAAAUAAAAAUAGGUGAUAUUAUAUAUAUAGAAACAAAUACAGGUCAUGUAAAAAGAUUAGGUAGGUGUAAUGUAUAUUCAAAAGAAUAUGAUAUAGAAUUUGAUGAAUAUGUUUCUUUACCUAAAGGUGAAGUACAUAAGAAAAAAGAAGUUGUUCAACAAAUAUCUUUACAUGAUAUAGAUCUCGCUAAUGCAAAUCCCACUGUUGGUGAAGAUUUAGCAUCUGUUUUAAAUUCAUACUUAAGACCUAAAAAAACAGAAAUUACAGAAAAGUUAAGAGUAGAAAUUAAUAAAACUGUAAACAAAUUUUUAGAAAUGGGUUUAGCUGAAAUUAUCCCAGGAGUUUUAUAUAUUGAUGAAGCACAUAUGUUAGACAUAGAAUGUUUUUCUUACUUAAAUAGAGCUAUUGAAUCGCCUUUAGCUCCUAUAGUUAUUAUGGCUACUAAUAGAGGAAUUUGUACUGUUAAAGGUACAGAUAAUAUAGAACCACAUGGUAUCCCAGUAGAUUUGUUAGACAGACUAAUAAUUGUUAAAACUUUUCCAUAUACAUUAAAAGAAAUCGUACAAAUAUUAGCUUUACGUGCACAUUCUGAGAAAAUUAAUAUUAGUGAACAAGGCAUGAAUUACUUAGCGAAAAUUGGAAUUCAGUCUUCUCUACGUUUUGCCAUGUUAUUAUUAGAACCGUCCAGAAUUAUUGCAUCUAUUGAAGGGAAAAGUAUUAUAGACAUAAAUCAUAUAGAGCAAGCGGAUGAACUCUUUAUGGAUGCUAAAACGUCUGCGCAUAGAGUCGUAGAGCAGGCAAACAAGUUUGUUAACUAG